AUGGAGCUGGAGAACAUAAUCGAGCAACUAGGCUCGUUUGGGAAAUACCAAGUAAUUAUCUUCGUUUUAAUAAACCUGGCGGAAUCACCGACUGCUUGGGCGAUGGUUUUCAUGGCUGUGGCGGGGGCCGUUCCUGAUUGGUGGUGUGUCUCUGAUGUUACCAACAACACUGUUACCUACAACAAGAACUACACGACAUCUCCCCACUUUUGGCAAGCCGAAAAUAGGUCUUUGAAGUCAUGCACAGAUCCAUCCACAGGCGGAAGUUGUUCCAAUAUCAUAUAUGAUGAAAACAUGGAAACUGUCGCUACACAGUUUGGUCUGGUCUGCGACCGUUCCUGGAUAAGUGCUACCAUAACAACCAUUCAGAUGGGCGGGGUGUUGCUAGGGGCGUGUGUCACUGGGCAGCUCGGAGAUCUCAUUGGUCGAAAAAAGACAUUUUACCUGGUGUACAGUCUGGUGCUCGUUGUUGAUGUUCUCGCCAUAUUUUCUCCAUCCUGGCAAGUCUUCGCCGCCCUGAGAUUUGUGCUGGGACUCGGCUGCGGGGGCGUUCUCGUGGUAAAUUUUUCUCUACCCAUAGAGUUUGUGGGUAAAAAAUGGCGAACGAUGACAGGGGCGAUACCAUUCUGGUCUUUAGGAGUCAUGACCUUGGCUUUUCUCUCCUGGCUCAUUCCAAACUGGAGACAUCUGUCUGUUGCGUUUGCUUGUCUGGGAGCUCCACUCCUGCUCAGCUGGUGGUUUAUCCCAGAGAGCGUGCGUUGGCUCAUCACGCAUGGCAAAGUGGACGAGGCCAAGUCAACCCUCCAGAGAAUCGCGAAGUUUAACGGAAAACCUGAGCCUGACCUGUCGAAUCUUGAGGCGACCGUGCUGAGCGAGGUGGAAGCAGAGAGGAGGCGCGCUGCGCGAUUUACAUAUUUCGAUUUGUUCUCGUCAUGGGAAUACAGCGUGAAAACCCUGAAAUUUACAUGUAUUUGCUGUGUUAUGUACAUCUACAGGUUCUCAUGUGGGCUGACAUUUUACGGCCUGUCGUUCGGGGCAGGAGCUCUAGCGGGAAACAUAUACCUUAACAUCUUUCUCACUGGUUUGGUGGAGGCACCCGCCGUAGCUUCUGUCAUUUAUUUUAACAAUUGCGCCGGUAGAUGUAAAACUGCCUUCGCAUUCCUCAUCAUCUCAGGUCUGGCCUCUCUCUCAGUCGUUAUCGUUGUAUAUACAGCUCCUACUGCAAACUUAACCCAGAUUACUGCAGCUUUGGCUUUAACUUCUAAACUCGGCAUCGCCGGAGGAUGGGUUGCCAUACAAGUAUUCACGGCUGAACAUUACCCGACGGUUGUGAGAAAUCUAGGCUACGGAUUCUCCUCCAUGGCUGCCAGAAUAGGAAGUAUGAUAGCGCCACAGGUUGUCUAUUUGGGCAUCAUUCACUUGUACCUACCUUACAUCAUAUACGGCAGUCUGAUGGCCAUUAGUGCCAUACUCGUUUUGACGAUGAAGGAGACACACGACACAGCCCUGCCAGAUGAAUUCGACUUUGGCCUGGUCAAAAGCCAAAAAUGCUCGACGAAAGACACUGCCCCGGAGACCAGCAACCAAUCCACAAAAAUAUGA